AUGGCACCAAUUACCGACGACGUAGUUUCGAACUUGAAAGACCAAGUGCACAAGCUGGAAGCCAGAAUAUGGGAGCUCGAACAGCGGCUAGAAAGCGGCAGCAGCAAGCAGUCCAAGGCCGAUUCAAUGCGCUUGAUUCUCAUGGGACCUCCGGGCGCAGGCAAGUCUCCGACUACCUCUGGAACACAAGCCCCCCGGAUCAAGGACAAGUACUGCAUCUGCCAUUUGGCUACCGGUGACAUGCUUCGAGCUCAAGUAGCUAAGAAAACGGCCUUGGGACGUGAGGCCAAGAAGAUCAUGGACCAGGGAGGUCUAGUCAGCGACGACAUUAUGAUCAACAUGAUCAAGAGCGAGCUGGAAACGAACAGAGAAUGCGCGAACGGCUUCAUUCUCGACGGCUUCCCCCGUACUGUCGCGCAGGCCGAGGGUCUUGACAAGAUGCUUGAAAGCGAACAGAAACCUCUCAAGCAUGCCAUCGAACUGCAAAUCGACGAUGGACUCCUGGUCUCGCGUAUCACCGGCCGUCUCGUCCACCCUGCCUCUGGACGAUCGUACCACAAAGUCUUCAACCCACCAAAGGAAGCUAUGAAGGACGACAUCACUGGCGAGCCCCUGAUCCAGCGAACCGAUGAUAACGCGGAGACUCUUAAGAAGAGAUUGGGAACAUAUCAUCAACAAACCACCCCGGUUGUUGGCUACUACAAGACCAAGGGUAUCUGGGCGGGCAUUGAUGCCAGCCAAGAUCCCGAACACGUAUGGAAGAGCAUUCUCGGCGUUUUUGGAGACUCCAAGGGUGCUUCAGGGAGCAGCAUCCUGAACAAGAUCGGGCUUACACGAUAA